CAGCAGUGGUCCUCUCCUCAAGAAAGAAACUCCUCUGACCUCCUCUUCAGCUCCCACCAGCUUUCUCGCCUCCUUUUGUUUUCGGAACACAGACAAACAUAACUCACAGUUUGUCUUUUGCAGCGACGACGCAUUUAGUCCACAUCCCGAAUAAGGGAAUAAGGAGAUAACAGGGAACUGGAGGUGUUCCAAUAACCAGGAUUGCAUCAGGAUGUUUCCCUCCUGACAGCGACUAUAACAGAGAGGAUGAUCUCACCUGAGUGUUACAUUUAGCCUGUCUGCUCUGCAUUUGUGAAGCCCUCAGCAGCUGCGUGUGAAAGAAGGCACAGACCAACAAUGUUCAGAUCAUCUGAGGCAAGCAGACGACGUACUAAUGGCCAGGCACUGGGCCGUGUCAGAGGGGUGGAGGUAGCUCGAGGGAGGACAGGUUAUGGUUUCACUCUCUCUGGUCACUCGCCCUGUGUGCUGAGUUGCGUCCUUAAAGGCAGUCCGGCCGACUAUGUUGGCCUACGUGCCGGAGACCAAAUUCUUGCUGUGAAUGACAUCAAUGUGGCAAAGGCAUCCCACGAGGAUGUAGUCAAGCUGAUUGGACGCUGCUCGGGCGUGCUUCACCUGCUCAUUGCUGAGAGCGGACAGCUGGACUCCUGCUCCAGUGACGAGGAGCUCGGAUUCCACGAGCACAAAAGCCACUGGCUCCGACCUAAGAUGGACUCCAAGACUUUGGGAAUAAACCGUGCUGAGCGCGUGGUGGCCGAGAUGCAGUCUGGUGGAAUCUUCAAUAUGAUCUUUGAGAACUCCUCCAGCCACUCCUCCAGCAGCUCGGAGAAAGCAGCUGCAAAACGGAGACCUAACUCUGAGCUGGAUUUCCUGUGUGGAGACGUCGAGGCACACAGGAGCGAUGUGAACCUCCUCUCAGAACAGGAAAUGGCCAGAGUGCUGCGUGACGACUCCGUGUUCGUGGAUGUGUUUGAACCUGAGCGGCAGGAAACUGACUCAGCAGGUAUCCUUAAUGUAGGCAUGAUUGUAGGCUACUUGGGUUCCAUUGAGCUGGCAUCAAGCGGUGCCAACCUGGAGAGCGACAGUGUGCAGGCAAUACGUGGCUGCAUGCGCCGCCUGCGAGCUGAGCACAAGGUGCACUCACUGGUGCUAUUUGAGGUGCUUCACGACCGCGUACUCCUACGCAAUGAACGCAAAGCUGUCCUGGCUGCCUACCCAGCCGAGAAGCUGGCAUUCAGUGCUGUGUGCCCAGACGACCGCCGAUUCUUUGGCCUGGUCACUAUGCAGGCUGCUGAGGAUCAUGGCAUGAGUGCAAUUGCAGAUGAAGACCAAGGCUCAAGAACCUCCUGCCAUGUCUUCCUUGUUGAUCCUGAGCUCUGUCACCACAAGGUACAUCAAGGGAUCUCUCGGCGGUUCGGUUUAAACUGCACUCCGGAUCCGGACACUGGGGGCUGUUUGGAAUUCCCACCAACAUCUCAGCCCCUGCUGCAGUUUGUAUCAGUUCUCUACCGUGACAUGGGCGAGUCUAUUGAAGGCGUACGAGCACGAGCAUUUCUUGAUGGUGACCUGGACGCUCAGCAGAACAACAGCACUAGCAGCAAUAGCGACAGCGGAAUAGGCAACUUCCUGCCCGAAGAAAAAAACAACCGCGUCCUCUUGGUCGACCUCGGAGCCAAUCCUGCCCGCCAUGUACCCACAGGAAUAUGGGAAAGUGCACAGGGCUGUAGGAACCCUAGUAUUCAGGCUGGUCUCCCUUCUCCAUCUCCUCCUCCUCCUCCUCCUCCUACUAUAACUCAUCGUAACGGCUACAGGCAUGAGUUCUCCGAGCCACACCCACACUCCCACACAGACCCGCCCCCUAUGUCCAGCAGACACCUGAACUCCUCCUCUCGGCUGGACGUAUCCGGACUUCCCGCUCGCCACCAUUUCCCUGCUCACUCUAAGAAGGGUGCAGGGGGCCAACGCUGGCUCCCUGUUCAUGUCCUGAGAGAGUGGCAUCAGGGCCGCAGCAGCGAUCAGGAGUCCUACAGUGAGUCCACAGACGGCUGGUCCAGUGCUAACUGCAGCACCCUGCCGCCUCCCAUGAGUAAGAUACCGGCUGAUCGGUAUCGUGCGGCACGAGACAUUGCCUCUCAGCCCCAACGGCUUCAUACCCACAAGGACGAGUGGGCCAACAAGCUGUUUGGGACGGAGAAACACUUUUACGAUCCUCAACAGCUUCAACAGCAGCACAAUGGCAAGAGGGCUAAGGAGUUGGAGAAAAAGGGCGGAAGGUUCCGGGGCGUCACUACUGGUUUUCCCCAGCGUUCGUCUGGGAGAAGAUCGUUCGGCCGCUCCAAACGCCUCAGUGUGUCUCACUCACUGGACGACCUGGAGUCAGCAGCUGUCUCUGAUGGCGAGCUGAACAGUGCAGAUCUAAAGGGCUGUGGCAGUGACAACAGCCUGAACAGCAAUGCCAGUCUACCCAGUGUGCAGUGCCACAGACGGCACCCAGAGCGGCGCGUUGCAGCAUGGGCCGUCUGCUUCGAGCGUCUGCUGCAGGACCCUGUCGGCAUCCGUUACUUCUCAGAGUUUCUGAAGAAGGAGUUCAGUGAGGAGAAUAUCCUGUUCUGGCAAGCAUGUGAAAUUUUCAGCCAUGUUCCAGAAACGGACAAGAAGCAGUUAUCCCAGAAGGCGAGAGAGAUCUACAACAGCUUCCUGUCCAGUAAGGCCACCACACCAGUCAAUAUCGACAGUCAGGCGCAGCUGGCCGACGACAUCCUCAAUGCUCCACGGCCUGACAUGUUCAAGGAGCAGCAGCUGCAAAUCUUUAAUCUGAUGAAGUUUGACAGUUACACACGCUUCCUGAAGUCCUUCCUGUAUCAGGAGUGUAUGUUGGCUGAGGUGGAGGGCCGUCCUCUACCAGACCCACACCACAUCCCCAGCAGUCCCACGUCCAAACAUAGCACCGGCUCAGAGCGCUCCAACCUCUCCACACCUAAGAAGGAGGAGAAGAAGAGCAAAUCGGUGAAGGUGCUCAACGAGGAGGGUAAAGAUGAACACGGUGAUAAAAAGAAAGGAAGUUUAUUUCCCUGGCCCAGGAACCGAAGUUUUGGGAAAGGACACAAAAAGAAGGAUCUUGGAGAUUAUAGCUUUUCAGGCAAUGAUGGGCGCAGAGAGUCACAGGGUUCUUUAUCUUCUGGUGCGAGUCUGGAGCUCGGCACUUCGGCCCCGGGCAAGAAUGAGGGAGAGGUGUCACGUAACUCAAUGUCGUUAUCGGAGCGUGCUGUGCGUUACUGUAACAUUAACCUGCCGGACGGGUCCUGUUGCUCAGUACCUAUAAGACCCGGCGUGUCCAUCCGUGAGGUUUUGCUGGGCCUGUGUGAGAAACUCUGCAUCAACCUGGCAGCUGUGGACCUUUUCCUGGUGGGAGGAGAGAAGCCUUUAGUAUUAGACCAGGACUGCAUGACGCUGUGUUCCAGAGACCUGCGACUAGAAAAACGUACAUUAUUCAGGCUAGAUCUGGUGCCUAUAAACCGCUCUGUAGGGCUGAAAGCUAAACCCACCAAGCCUGUGACUGAGGUGCUGAGGCCAGUCGUGGCUAAAUAUGGCCUGCACUUAGGAGACCUGGUAGCCAGGAUUAGUGGGGAGAAGGAGCCACUUGAUCUGGGCCUGCCCAUUUCCAACCUGGAUGGACUCAGAGUGGUGCUGGAUGUAGCUGAACAUGGUGCAGCAAAAGACAAACAGAAACUGACCUUGACUAAAAGCCAUGGCCCGCCGCUGUCCACACGAAGCCAGUCUGCUUCAGCGGAGGACAGAUCAUCAGGAAAAGCUACGACUGUCAAAACCAGGGCCCAGAUGGAAAAGCGAAAACAGAAAAAGCUUAAUAUAGAUGAAGCUGAAGAAUUCUUCGAGCUCAUAUCCAAAGCACAGAGCAACCGAGCUGACGACCAGCGGGGUCUGCUGAACAAAUCUGACCUAGUCUUACCUGACUUCCUGCGCCUUGAUCCUGACACGAGUCCUGGAGACGUCCCCAUCAGCUCCAACCCUAAUCCCUGCAAACCCCGUCCACGUUCCAAAGAGAACGGCUCUGCCCUCAGCGCCAGCCACCAGACACAGAGCUUGGAUUCGGGCGUGGAAGGGCCAGGUGGCCGGAGAGCCUUCAUGCCACUCCAUAGGAACCCCGCUCCCCGUAAACAGGCGACAUUUGGCCCCACUCUCUCACCCAUCUCACAUAGUCAUGGCAAUUGGAAGCGAGACAGUGGGGCCCAGGCACUGGAGGAGGAGGAGCAUGGUACGGACCUGACACUGGUGGGUGAAGGUGAUAUUGCCAUCCCUAACAGCUUGCUCCUCCCUCCAUCCCCUUUGCCCCUCCCUCGCUCCCCAGAACGACCGCGCCUCCUCAGAGAGGAUGCUUAUCAGGACAGCUGGGCCCAGCCAGGAAGAGAACGAAGAAGGCAGAAGGACAAAAGCAGCAUUUCCAAACUGUCUCAGAAGAGAACGCCCUCUGCCCCUCCGCUUGCUCCUCCCCCAGCUCCUAAACCUGCUCCUCCUCCUCCUCCUCCUCCUCCUCCUCCUCCUCUUCCACCUCCACGAGCCAGAGGGGGCCCAAGAUCCAAGCAACCUAAGCGCACUUCUCUACCCAGUCGACAGGUGCUGGAUGUGGAUGGAGUGUGUGUAGAGGACACCAGACGUCGGGAUGGAGGGAUGAACUCCAGUGUACAAAAGCAGACAGGGGAUAUGAGGAAUCGCAGGGUGAGAAUCAGAAGAGGAGCAUGGCAGAUGUCAGGACAACUCCCUAACAAACCCCUGCCUGUUAAAGCCACAGAACCGGCAAACACUCCACCCUCAUCUGAGAGCAAGCACAAAGCUACCUUUGUCUGAUCUCACACACAGGAUCUGUUUGGGACCCAGAGUGCUGCGUUAUAUCUUUUCAUUUUUCUG